GUACUGGUAAACUCGUCCUCUGUGCGGUUGUUCUGACAUGUAAUACCACUCCCGGACACUAGGUGUGCUCGAGCGCCCGCCUUGAUUUCCUCUUCUCGUGCUGCUUCAUUUGUUUUCCUUUUUUUUUUUUCCAACUACCCUUCAUCAUUCUGGAUAAGUGAGUUUGUAGCAGAUUUGUGGCUAGCCUCUCUGUGGUUGUUUUCACGUGGGGGAGACGAAUCUUUUUCUCUGGGGUAAUUCUUCCCGUAUAAAUUGCGCUUUUUAUCCGAAGCUAACACCGAGGAUAAAGCUUAUUGUCUUAUUGUUCUGAAGCCACACUUUGCCAUCACCAGCUCCUCCGGCCAGGUGAGCGGGGUUACCUACCGCGUUUUUAAGGCGUGUCGUUAAUGAAUUUCCAUGGAUAAAUUGUCCGUCAACUUCUGUAGAACAUUCAAGGAAGAAGAAAACGAAGAGCCAGCAGACUCGCUACAGAUGUAGUCGUACGACAGCCAGCAGUCAUGUCCAUUGAAUACACCAUUGAUAUCCAGCUGACAGAGUUGGGAUUUCCGGACAUCCUGCAGCCACAGGAAACCUCGAGUCUGCGAGAUGAACGAGCUGCCAAAGGCGCUGCUCGUUUCGAGUUGUCAGAGCCCGCAGCAGAUGAUCCUGCUGCUGGACUGGACACCACAGACGGCCCUCAACAAGUACCUGAAGAGGGAGAAGAUGGACAGGACGGUGUCUGUGAUGGAGACACUGCACAAGACAAAGCAACAGAGGUGCAGCAGGAUGUGGAGGAUGACUCGGAUGACAGUGAAGUUUCAGAUGUGUAUGAGGAAGAAGAAGUGGACGAGGAAGAGGAUUAUGAGGAAGAGGACGGGCUAAACAGUGAGUUGAGUCAUUUGGGCGACUACCGCUGCAGUGUUUGUGAUCUCCAGCUGCCCUCACAAUUCAAGCUCCAGGACCAUAUGAACUUGCACACUGGAGCGCGCCCAUACUGCUGUGCUGAAUGUGGGAAGCGCUUCUGCCAGAAUUACAACUACCGCGUCCACCUGCGCACGCACGCCCAGGCCAAAGUUGAUCGUCUCCUGUGCCGCGUGUGUCUGAAGGGCUUUGCAUCGCAGGAGGAUCUGAAGCGCCACGUGUCGAGCACUCACUUCGAGGAUGAGUUUUACGAGUGUGACCUGUGCAAACGUGUGUUUACUACCCUGAAGGCGUGUGAAAAUCACGUGCAGUUACACAAAUGCAUGCUGGAUAUUGUGUGUGAGGUGUGUGGCCGCAAUUUCUCCUCUCCAAAAUCCCUGGCGCGCCACCGGAGGAGGACGUGCCACCGCAAUUUCAAAUGCACAGACUGCACAAAGACCUUUACCAAGAAGAAUGCUCUCCUGAAACACAGCUUCUCCCACCUCGGAUUGUUGCCUUACACCUGUAUACGAUGCCGUUGCCACUUCCGCCUGGCAAAGCUAUACCGUCAACACAAGUGUGAACCUGAACGCAUUCACUGUGUGGCGUGUCUGAGAGAGUUUCUCAGCCAGGAGGACUUCCAACAGCACAAAAAGGACACAGGCUGCUGGGGCAACCAGGAGCCUAAAGGGGACGAGAUCAGAUGCUUGGAGUGCGGAGAGAGGUUUGACAGUCCGGAGGAGCUGAAGAAACACGCCGGGGCUCACCAGAGGGUGUUGAAAUGUGCUGAGUGUGGGAAGGGGUUCCGGUCGGCCUUGCUGUUAAUGUCCCACAUGGGCGGUCAUGCUGGCAAGUCGCCCUGUCUUUGUCAGAGAUGUGGACUUGGCUUUCCGCACCAGCAGAAUUAUGACAGCCACCUCAAGACCUGUGGACAAACACCCCAGCCUGCGAGUGCUCCCAAGAAACGUCAGGCCUCCAAGAGCUCUUCAUCUGAGACAAAGAAGUUCAAACAAAUAACAGACAUGAAUGAAGGCAAAAAAGCAGACUCACCAAGUCCAGCAAAUGCAGUCACUGUGCCUGCUGCUGUUUCAAACAACCCUCCUGCACCUCCUGUUGAUGACUCUGUUAGUCCAGGACCUGCAACAGGUGGCGUGUCCAUUGGCUCUGGUCCAUCAGAGGGGUUAUGGAAGUUAACCCUUGACAAACAGCCGCCUCCUGGUGUUAAACUCGUCUUGCUUCUUCCCGUCUGCCCAACUCAAACCGAUGGCCUGCCCCUCCCGUCUGUAAUCCCAGAGACGCUGCCAGUUCCAGCUGUCCAGGUCCAGCCUCAAGUGUCUCUCUCACCUGUCUCAAGUAAUGGACACCUUGGAAUGCUGCUAAACACCCCUCUGGAUUUAGUAACUGGGAUUAAAAGGGAUCCAGAAUGUGAAGCACCUUUGGAUUUGUCUAAGAAGAGUACCUCAUCUAAAUCUGCUGUGAGCGACAUUCCUCCUCGCCCCAUUAAAAACGAGCCCGAAGAAUUUGAAAUCUCAGGAGAGCCUAAUAGCACAGAGAAAAAAGAAUUGAAAAGCAAUGACAGCAAAGCAAUUGUUAAAACGCACCUAAGAGAGGCAGAUGCAUGUACUGAAAAGAAGCAGUUACAAAUGGAUCCCACGGAUCUCUCCCUUCUUAGCACAUCCUCUACUAACGGACUAGUAAAGGAUAUUAAGAGAGAACCUCAGUCUCCUGGCUCUGAUUUUGAUUUCCGGUCAUCCAGCUGCGGCCAGCCGACAGACUGGAGGAAGGAGAACGAAAUUAAAAUGGAGGCUGAUGUUUCACACCCUGCCUGUGCUGAUGAGGAGAAAUGAAAUACAGCAAGGACAGAAAAAAAGAGAAUAAUACUUAUUCUGUGGCCACAUUCCUUUUGCCCUGCAAAGGACACACCUGCUGUUUUGGUGUACCUGUAGUCACAUACAUACGGUUAAACAACGAGGCAGAAUUUUCCUACAACUACAGCUUUUUAGUAUAAAUGUCUCUCUGUCAGUUGACUGUGUCCUAACAUGACAAAGAUUUUUUUUACUCUUCUGUAAUUCAAACAAAACAUUCCAAGCUUCAUUUUUUCAUUUGUCUUUUGGGUGAGGCUUGUGGCUUGGGUCAGGAGAGCAACAUGGUACUCAAGUAGUUAUGAAGUCUAUGCAAUAUUGUGCAGGAUUUCUCUGAGCAUUAAAAAAAAAAUCCUGAUUUCUACCUUUUAUGUACUUGUUUUUGUGAGGGACUUGAAUCUUUAGGUUUACUGAUGUGUAUUAAGUUAAAUUGAAACACUGGAUUUCUUCUUAUUCAGCUGUAAACUUGAAAUGAUGUGUAUUUUUCAGUGUAUAUGCACUUGACCUUUAGUUCUAUGUUAAAUAUUUUAGCAAUGCAAAUAAUGGUACUGAUCAAUACUAUGACAUCAUGCUAACCUGUGAUUUACAUUUGCUGGGUCUUUAUGGUCUGCAGGUAACUUUUGAUGUUUUUCUAAAGGCAAAUAAAUAUUUGUUCAUGCAAGAUCACCUAA